CUAACCUAGUUUUGAUCAUGAAACAACUGUUAAGAAGCAAGCACAGACACAAACAUAUGUAUGUAAUUUUCUUUUUUCUCUUUUCAGAAAUGAGCAAAAACUGGCAGAGUAGGAGAAGACAUGGGAGAAGAUUCCUACAGAAUCCUUGGUUCAGGCUCCAUGAUUCUAAUGAGAGUUACAACCCAGGAGCACUGCAAAGUACUCGGGAUUCAAGUCCUGGAGAUGAUGAGUCCCCAUCCACCUCAUCUAGCACUGGGAGUUCUUCUGUGCCAGACCUACCAGGGUAUUACUUCGACCCGGAAAAGAAACGCUACUUCCGCUUGCUCCCUGGACAUAACAACUGCAACCCCCUCACAAGGGAGAGCAUCCUGCAGAGGGAAAUGGAGAAAAAAAGAUUGCAGCUGCUUGAGGAAGAGGACAAUCAGAAAAAGAAAAUAGCCAGAUUGGGAUUUAAUGCAACUUCCAUGCUACGAAAAAGCCAGCUGGGUUUUCUCAAUGUCACCAAUUAUUGCCGUUUAGCCCACGAGCUGCGUGUGAGCUGCAUGCAGAGAAAGAAGGUCCACAUUCACAGCUCAGAUCCUUCUGCUUUGGCAAGCGACCGAUUUAACCUCAUACUGGCGGAUACCAACAGUGACCGGCUCUUCACGGUGAACGAUGUUAAAGUUGGAGGUUCCAAGUACGGGAUCAUCAACCUGCGUGGCCUGAAGAUCCCCUCGCUCAAGGUGCACAUGCACGAAAACCUUUACUUCACCAACCGGAAGGUGAAUUCUGUGUGCUGGGCUUCGCUGAAUCACUUAGAUUCCCACAUUCUGCUAUGCCUCAUGGGCCUUGCAGAGACUCCAGGCUGUGCCACCCUGCUCCCAGCAUCAUUAUUCGUCAGUAGUCACCCAGGAGUGGACCGGCCUGGCAUGCUCUGCAGUUUCCGGAUUCCUGGUGCCUGGUCCUGUGCAUGGUCCCUGAACAUCCAGGCAAAUAACUGUUUCAGUACAGGCUUAUCUCGGCGCGUGCUACUAACCAAUGUGGUGACUGGGCACCAGCAGUCAUUUGGGACCAGCAGUGAUGUCUUGACCCAGCAGUUUGCUCUCCUGGCUCCUUUGCUGUUUAAUGGCUGUCGCUCUGGGGAGAUCUUUGCUAUUGACCUGCGCUGUGGAAAUCAAGGCAACGGGUGGAGGGCUGCUCGCCUGUUCCAUGACUCAGCAGUGACCUCUGUGCAAAUUCUCCAAGAAGAGCAGUGGGUGAUGGCAUCAGACAUGGCUGGAAAGAUCAAGCUGUGGGACCUGAGGACCACUAAGUGUAUAAGGCAAUAUGAAGGCCACGUUAACGAGCAUGCCUACCUGCCCUUGCACGUGCACGAGGAAGAAGGAAUCGUGGUGGCAGUGGGCCAGGACUGCUACACAAGAAUCUGGAGCCUCAAUGAUGCCCAGCUGCUCAGAACCAUACCUUCUCCGUACCCUGCCUCCAAGGCCGACAUUCCCAGCGUGGCCUUCUCUUCUCGGCUGGGGGGCUUCCGGGGAGGACCGGGGCUGCUCAUGGCUGUCCAGCAGGAUCUUUAUUGUUUCUCCUAUGGGUAAUUCUGUGGGUGCAGCCAGGAGGAGUGUGGAUUUGAUUUAAGGGAGUAAAGAGAGCCUUUUGACUGUAACACAGAUCCCAUCCAUCUGGCUGCUGGGGGCAGGACACUAAGUUGUAUGUGGAGAUGCUUCAGUAAAAUUGUUUCAGUUAAAUAGUGUGCUCAGAGAGCUUGAAAGUCCUUUUCAUAAAAGGGACCUAUUUUUCUUGUUAAAUUCCAUAGAAUAGUUAUACCCGUCCUGUUUUUCUUGUUUUUUUUAAAAAAAAAAAAAAAAGAAUUUAGUUCUAAGGACUAAAGAUGGUGAAAACUAAAAUAACCAAAUUAAAGCUGCUGCUCUCACCACAAGCUGUUGGGAAGAAACCUAAUGAUGAGACUGGUGAGGCUGCUUGACUAGUUGGUGCCUGGGCCCCAGGAGGCAUGGUGAAGCGGGAGAGGAGAGGAAGGGGGGUGGUUUUUCACUUGAGUCUCUACACAGAAAUCUAAGGCUGGAGUUUAGAAUCAUUAAACAUAGCUUUCUUAAACUCUGUAUCAAUAACAUAUCUCUGAAUUCUCUUUUUGUUGUUACCAUAGACAUUAAGAGGAAUGAUGGAUAUUCUUAAAUACUGUAAGUUUCAAACAAUCCUUAAUUUGCCCUCAUUGAAACACCUUCCAGACAGCAGGGUACGCAGCUCCAGCUUGUAGUACUUGGUGAUGUGAAUGUCAGAUUUAAGGGCCUAAUGUCAAACAAAUUUGGCUUUGACUUUUUGUGAUCUAGCAGUGGCAGUUGGUAAAAUGUUGAUACUAAGUAUUAAAGAACCUGUUUUUCUACUAAAAAAUAAACAAAAAAAA